AUGUCUGCUGCUGCGCUGGUCGCUGCAGCUGAUCCUUCGCUCAAUCUGAAGACCUACGUCGAUGCUGUUGAUCUGGACGCGAAUUCCAAUCCUAUCAAGGAGGCUUAUUGGACUGGACUUCCACACCAUCGCCGCACGCCAUUUGCUGUGUCUCCAGAUGGCAAGACAGGAUUCGUCGCCUACCUGGAUGCAAGUGGCAGCGGUGUCCACGUUCAGCAUGUCGAUCCAUCAGCAUUCACUGCCACUGGAACUGCAGUAACUGUCGAUGCGGUUCAGGAAGCCGGGGGUCUGGUAGCUCAUAACGAUGGCUUCGCCCUGCUUGCAAAUGAGCCGAUUGCCACCACGGUUGAAAAUGCUCCCCCAAGCGGCACUCCAGUACCUGCAAUCUAUCGCUACACCAACGGCGAGCAGACCUUCAAGACCUUCGUGGCUGGCCCUGGUGUGCACGAGGAAGCAGGUCUGUCUAUGAGUCCUGACAUGAAUGGGGAUCUGGUUUGGUCCGACGAGGCUGAGCUGUACGGCGCCUACUUCGUCGUCACGGAUUACACUGGAGAUGCAGAAGGUCAUUUCGGCGACAGCAUCCAAUACAUUAACAGCAAUGGAACACUUGAGACCAUUGAUGGCGCUUCAAGCUCCUGGGGGUGCUCGCACAACACUAGUAUUGCGUUCGAGGCAGCAGAAAAGGCACCAUUCGCCAGCAUCUGUACUGAGGACCAAGGUGCUAUCUGGCUGAACACCAACGGCCAAGGCAUGCAUAGCACCGGUGUCAAAGUCUCAAACGAAAACACCACAAACGGUGCCGGAGGUGAAGCGAUGGGCGGCAUGUCUGGCUCGUAUUCUGGUCUUGCAAGAUUCGCCAACUCUUCAUCAUACAUCUUUGCCUGGGUCUCGCGUGGUGCAGUCGACCUCGCUGAGAACGCGUGGAUGGGUGAAGGAUACACGAACUGCCAGAACCGUACGAAUGGACGCCGCGUUGCUAUCGCUCUCUUCUCAGACAAGGAGACCAAGGUUUCAGCCCAGGCAAGCUCUGAAGUUGGCGCAGCAGAUGGGGACAGUCAAGUCAAUUGCUUCACGCCCACAGAAGGCCCAGAUCGAAGCAAUGCUCACGUCGCUGUUUUCGACGACCAGUACGCUUUGGUCACUUGGGAGCAAAUCGACGAGCCUUCUUGCGACUUCAUCGCCAUGGGUUGCAGCGGAACUCUCAGCGGGUCAUAUUUCCAGCUCGUCGACAGCUCUGGCUCCAAAAUUGGCAACCCGGUGGUAAGCAACAAUACGUAUUUUGCUGGAGAUAUGGUCACAAUGAACGACGGCAGCAUCUGCUGGCCAUACGUCAACAUGGAGUGGAGUCUCGAUGCACCUUCGGGAUGGGGCGGUGAGUCGACUGCUGCCAAUGUCACGAAGAUGAGCUUUGCUUGCAUGAGUCUUCAGUAG